AUGGCCGCCUUCAGGACGGCGCUCGCGCUCGCCCGUUCCCUCGGCCGCCGCCCGCCCGCCGCGCCCCGCCCCGCCUCGGCCGCCGCCCGCGGCGCCAUGGAGCCGGCGCCGCGCUGGCUGGCGGGGCUGCGCUUCGACAACCGCGCGCUGCGCGAGCUGCCGCUGGAGACGCCGCCGCCCGGCCCCGCGGGCGCCCCGACCGCGCCGCGGCCCGUGCCCGGGGCCUGCUUCAGCCGCGCGCGCCCCGCGCCCCUGCGCCGGCCGCGCGUCGUGGCGCUGUCGGAGCCCGCGCUGGCGCGCCUGGGGCUGGGCGCGCCGCCCGCCGACGCCGCGGCCCGGGCGGCGCGCGAGGCGGAGGCCGCGCUCUUCCUCAGCGGCAACGCGCUGCUGCCGGGCGCCGAGCCCGCCGCGCACUGCUACUGCGGCCACCAGUUCGGCCGGUUCGCCGGGCAGCUGGGCGACGGCGCCGCCAUGUACCUGGGCGAGGCGUGCACGGCGGCCGGCGAGCGCUGGGAGCUGCAGCUCAAGGGCGCGGGCCCCACGCCCUACUCCAGGCAGGCGGACGGCCGCAAGGUGCUGCGCUCGAGCGUCCGGGAGCUGCUGUGCAGCGAGGCCAUGUUCCACCUGGGCGUCCCCAGCACGCGCGCGGCCGCCUGCGUGGUGUCCCAGGACACGGUGGAGCGGGACGUGCUCUACGACGGCAACCCCAGGCUCGAGCGCUGCGCCGUGGUGCUGCGCAUGGCGCCCACCUUCCUCAGGUUCGGGUCCUUUGAGAUCUUCAAGCCCGCGGACGAGCUCACGGGCCGGGCUGGCCCCAGCGUCGGGAGGGACGACAUCCGGGCGCAGAUGCUGGACUACGUGAUCGGCUCCUUCUACCCCGAGGUCCAGGCCGCGCACCCCGGCGACCGCGUGCAGAGGAACGUGGCCUUCUUCCGCGAGGUGACGCGGCGCACGGCCCGGCUGGUGGCCGAGUGGCAGUGUGUCGGCUUCUGCCACGGCGUGCUCAACACGGACAACAUGAGCAUCGUGGGGCUCACCCUGGACUACGGGCCCUUCGGCUUCAUGGACAGGUACGACCCCGAGCACGUGUGCAACGCCUCGGACAGCGCGGGGCGCUACGCCUUCGGCAAGCAGCCGGCCGUGUGCCGCUGGAACCUGCAGAAGCUGGCGGAGGCCCUGGAGCCCGAGCUGCCCGCGGCGCUGGGCCGGGCCGUCCUGGAGGAGGAGUUCGACGCCGAGUUCCGCCGACACUACCUGCAGAAGAUGCGCCGGAAGCUGGGCCUGGUGCGGACGGCACUGGAGGCCGACGGCGCCCUGGUGGCCGGGCUCCUGGAGACCAUGCACCUGACCGGAGCCGACUUCACCAAUACCUUCUUCCUGCUGAGCGCCUUCCCGGCCGACUCGGAGCCUGCAGGCCUCGCCGAGUUCCUGGCCGCGCUGGCGGAGCAGUGCGCCUCCCUGGAGGAGCUGCGGCUCGCCUUCCGGCCCCAGAUGGACCCCCGGCAGCUCUCCAUGAUGCUGGCGCUGGCCCAGUCGAACCCGCAGCUCCUGGCACUCCUGGGCAGCCGGGAGGGCCUUGCCAGGGAGCUGGAGCGUGCAGAGCAGCUGUCCCGGCUGGAGCAGCUGAACCCGGCUGAGCUGCUGAGCAGGAACGAGGCCCACUGGACGGCCUGGCUGGGCGAGUACAGGGCCCGGCUGGAGCAGGACCGCGAGGGGGCCAGCAGCAAGGAGGCCUGGCAGGCCGAGCGGGUACGUGUCAUGCGCGCCAGCAACCCCAGGUACGUGCUGCGGAACCACCUGGCCCAGCGCGCCAUCGAGGCCGCCGAGCGGGACGACUUCUCUGAGGUGCGGCGGCUGCUGAAGCUACUGGAGACCCCUUACCAUGGGGAGGAGGGGGCCGUCGAGCCAGACGCCGACAGCAGCAAGCCCCCCCUCUGGGCUGCCGAGCUCUGCGUGACAUGAUCCUCAUAGUCGCCUCAGAGGCCUCCCGCCGGAGACCCCCGGGGCCUGCAACCUUGGAGUCCCCGAGGCGGUGCCCCCACGCCGCCGGCCCGCCUCUCCAUGACGGCAGAGACAUCCAGUCAGGGCCUGACCCGUCUCUGUCUGACGCAGACUCCCAGCACUGCCCGCUCACGCUCACCCCCCCCCCCC